AUGACAUUGGACGAUCCGUACAAAGUAGUCAUUGCCUACGACUUUGGCACCACAUUCUCUGGAGCAUCGUACGCAUUCGCCCACAAUACACCUGAAAUCUAUGAUGUGCAAAAAUGGCCGCAUAAGAAUGGCAGUUACUAUCCCAAAGUACCCACACUAUCGGUAUAUAAACGAAGCAAUCCAAAACACUUGCUGGAGUGGGGCCAUGCUGCCAAGAAAAUCAUGCUGAAACCACAAAGCACGGAACACAAUAUUCUACUGUCAAAUUUUAAACUCUCGCUGGACGAACAUUUACGGGAAGGGGCCCUUGAAAAUGGCAUAUCUCCUGUAGAAGCCAUUGCUCAUUAUCUUGGGGCUCUCCAUCAGCAUGUUCUCGACGAUGUCACUCGAGGGUUUGCCAAGAACUACCAUCCAGAUACAUUCCGCUAUUGUCUUACUGUGCCUGCUAUGUGGUCCGACAGAGCCAAACAUACCAUGCGUCAAGCCGCGCUCAAAGCGAACCUGAUUCGUGCCACUGAUCCCGAAGAUCGUCUUGUGCUUAUUUCCGAACCUGAAGCGGCCGCACUCUACUGUGAGAAAAUGUGUGAUCAGAUCAAUUUACGUCCUGGCAAUCGUAUUAUGAUUUGUGACGCGGGCGGUGGCACCGUGGAUCUGAUUGUGUUUGAAAUCACCGACGCGAGCGCGAACGGGAUCAAGAACGAUCGAUUGAAAGAAGUAACCCAUGGCAUGGGCGAAAGCUGCGGAAGCGUGUUCAUCGAUCGUCACUUUCAGUCGUUUCUGCAACGUAAACUCGGAGACCAAUCAAUUCCACCGCUUGCCAUGAAUAUGAUGAUGGAUCAGUUUGUUGAUAAUAUUAAGCCAGAAUUUGAUGGUCUGGAAGAUCACUAUCUCAAUCUUCCUGCUUCCCUGUCGCUUGAUCCACCCGAAGACGAAUGCCUGGACGAAGGUACACUGAUCCUGCGAGCAGGUGAAUUGCAGAAACAAGUAUUUGAUCCUGUGGUAGAGAAAGUAUUGGAUCUUAUGGAGCGCCAAUAUCGCCAAAUCACGGAUCACCGAUUGGAUUGUAUUUUCCUGGUAGGAGGAUUCGGGUCAUCGAAUUACUUGUAUCAAUGCGUGCAAGACCGAUUUGAGUUGCGCGUGGGUCAGAUUUUGUGUCCUCCCAGAGCGGCCAUGGCCGUGGUUCGAGGCGCGGUCCUUUUCGGACUCAAUCCUCGGGUCAUCGUUUCUCGGGUAUCUCGAAGAACCUACGGAAUCAAUGCUGGUUUGCCAUUCGUUGAAUCGGUUGACCCACCUGAAUCUCGGGUGAUCCGUCCUGACGGUAGCAUGCGCUGUAUUACUCGAUUCUUACCAUUUGUGACGAAAGAUGACGAAUUUCCCAUUGAUCACUUUAUCGCUGAAGAAAUGUUUGUUUAUUACGGUACAGUCGCGUCCACCGAUAUCAUGCUCUAUGCUACGGAAAAUGAUCGUGUACCGCGUUAUGUCAACGAGGAGGGGCUGGAACAGGUCGCCUCCAUCACAGUGCCUGUCCCUACGAUUCCAGGUGUCGGUCACGGCGAACGGAUUUCUUAUAUAGUCAGAAUGUUCUUUGGAACUACUGAAAUUCGCAUGGAAGCGGAUUUUGGCACCGGGCGAACGUACAAAGUCUAUUGCGACUUUGAUGCUGUUAAUAAAUACGCUUCCACUCAGCAGGAGAAUGCGUAA